CUUUCGGGGUCAGAGGCUCAGUGGGCGUAGACGUUAAACGCUCCACCUUUCCUAAAAAAACACUGCUGGACCUUGUUUUCCUGGGUCACUUUGAACACCGGCCAACAUGCUGCUGAGGAGCUGCUGCACUGUCUGGAUCCUGAUUCUGGGCAUCACCACUGCUGCAGUGUUUGUCGAGAAGCGCAAAGCUAACACUGUUCUGCAAAGAUGGCGCAGAGCGAACAGCGGCUUCCUGGAGGAGUUAAAACAAGGAAACCUGGAGAGGGAGUGCAUCGAGGAGAUCUGCGACUACGAGGAGGCUCGAGAAGUCUUUGAAGAUGACGGCAAGACGAGGCAGUUCUGGCUGACGUAUGAACGUCGUGACCCCUGUCUGGUCAACCCCUGUAAGAACAAUGGGACAUGUCUGUACAUGGGGACCGCCUAUGAGUGUCAGUGUCCUGAGGGAUUUGAAGGACGAUACUGUCAGACAGUGUUUGAAGACUCACUGAAGUGCCUUUACCAGAACGGACACUGUGAACAGUUCUGCGACGGCUCCGGAGACAGACGGAAAUGUUCCUGUGCUGACGGAUACAAACUGGGAGAGGACGGACGACAGUGCAUCGCUAACGUGGAGUAUCCCUGCGGUCAGGUGGCUCCACAGGAAACAGGCCUGAACCAGAGCGUCGUGGGUCAAACCAGACUGGUGGGAUCCAACCACUGUCCCAGAGGAGAGUGUCCCUGGCAGGUUCUGGUUCAGUUGAAUGGGAACAGUCACUGUGGAGGAGUUCUGAUUAAUCCAAACUGGGUCAUCACUGCUGCCCACUGUAUCCAUGGCAACAACAGCCAAAACCUGACUGUGGUGGCAGGCGAACAUAACCUGGACGUAGAAGAAGGCACAGAACAGAGGGUACCUGUUUCCAUGGCGAUCGCCCAUGACAGUUACGUCCCGGCGUCAGGUGACAGUGACGUCGCUCUGCUGCACCUGAGUCGACCAGUCACCUUGAACCGUCACGCGAUCCCCGUCUGCCUGCCCACCAAAGACUUCUCAGAGCGGGAGCUCCUGUUAGUCCGCUACCACACCGUGUCUGGCUGGGGCAAGAGGACCACGGGGGGCAACUCCGAGACCCCGGGCGCCCCGCCCGGCGCUCCGGUCUCCCCCGUCCUCCGCAGAAUGUCCGUCCCCAUCAUCCAGAACUCCCAGUGCUCCCAGAGAGCCCAGUUCAACUUCACCAGUAACAUGCUGUGCGCCGGGUACCUGGAGGGUCGCCAGGACAGUUGCCGUGGAGACGACGGCAGCCCGCUGGUCACAAAGUACGGCUCCACCCACUUCCUGACGGGCGUGGUCGGCUGGGGGCGGGGCUGUUCGCAGCCCGGGUUCUACGGGGUCUACGCCAACAUGGCCAACUUCGUGGACUGGGUGAACAACACCGUGAAGAACCCGCCCACCAUGAUGACAACCAGUGACCUGCAACAGAAACCUGUUUAAUAAAAAAUGAUUUUUUAGAGCAGUGAAAGUUUUAUUUUUAAAUUUGUCUGAAGUCAAAGUUCGUUAAUUUUCCUGUCACAGUCCGUUCUGAUUUGUUGUUUAUUUUAGAUCAUAACGUAAAAAUUUAACGGUUAGUAAAAGAAACUGAUACAAGUUCUGAGGAUUUUCACACAUGACUCACUCUUAAUGUUGGAAGUUUUAACUGAAGCUUUCUGAACAAACCAAAUCAAACAAAGGAAAUAAAGUAUUUGUAAAAACUCUGAA